AUGGCGGCAUCCCUCGUCGCCAACACUCUCGAGACGCUCGCGCGGCGAUCUCGUCUAAAAAUUGGCAUUGACCUGGCAGACCAACCGACUGGGUUCGUUGCGUCGUAUACCACUCGAGACAAGAUCGAAGGCGAGGUCACCAUCGAGGCGGACCAAGACACGCGCUUUGACAGUGUGGAAAUCACCUUCGAAGGCACCUCGAGAACAACCGUCGAACGACCUCCAACACCAGGCUAUCCUCUAAACCAGCCCAGCGCGUUCCAGACCUUCCUCAGGCUUCGCCAGCCCAUCGACGAGACCUCGUAUCCGGAACCACGAGUGUUUAAAUCCCGCCGUCGCUACCGAUUCCCCUUCACUUUCGUCGUCCCCGAGCAGCUCCUCCCCCAGGCAUGCUCUCACGAGACUUGCAAUGACGACCUGCGGCUCGCGCACCUGCAGCUGCCUCCCAGCCUUGGGGAUCCCAUGCUCGCCAGCGACGGCACGAGCCUGCUGGACGACAUGGCGCCGGAGAUGACCCAGAUCUCGUAUCUGAUUCGCGUCAGCGUGAAGAAGAUCCCCAGCGACGGCUCAUCGCCCCGGACGAUAACGGCCGUCGCGAAGAAGGUCCGCAUCAUCCCCGCCAGUGUCGAGCAGCCUCCGCUGGAGAUCCCCUGCAAGAGCGACGACUACUGCGUGCGCAAGGAGAAGGACGUCCGCAGGGGCCUGCUGAGGGGGAAGAUGGGCCGGCUGGUGAUGGCCGCGUCGCAGCCCCGGCCCUUGCAACUGCGUCCUCCGGGUGCAGAACCGUCUGAUAAUAAUAGUGCUGCCUCGAGCAGCGUCGUCACCGUCCACCUGCGCUUUGAUCCCGAGGGCAACGAGCUCCCUCCGCCGCUGGGCACGCUGUACAGCAAGCUGAAGGUGUCGACCUUCUUCGGCACGACGCCCUGGACCGAAUAUCCGAGCAAAUCGCCCUUGCUGGCAUGGAAUCCGUCGCGGGGGGUGUACACGGAGACGGUGCCGCUGUCGACCCUGUGCGUCUCCUCUGCGCAGUGGGAGCGACAGUCGUCGUCCGGUCCGUCAGGAGGCAAGGACAAGGUGUUCUACACAGCGUCCAUCAUCGUGCCCGUGUCCCUGCCAAAGGGGAAAAAGACCUUCGUGCCAACGUUCCACUCGUGUCUGAUCUCAAGGGUCUACUCGCUCGAUCUAUCCGUGUCGUAUCACACGCCCAACGCUAAUGUCCUCGCUCCUAGCGUGUCCUUGAAGGUCCCUAUCCAGAUCACGUCUGCGCAUCGCAAGGCCAUACCCGACGAACUGCUCGUGACUGAUCUACUAGCCGACAUAACCAUCUCGCAGAUGCAGGUCGACGAGGAGUUCUUCCGCCCGCGGAGCAUCGCCCCGUAUCCACAGAGGAAUUCCUGCGCAGAGUUAACCUCAUCAUCGUCGACGACGUACGAUAACUCGGCUUCAGACCCACUCCUUCAGCCGCCGGAAUACUCCCUCUUGCCAAACAGCAGACCCUUGCCUGAAAGAGCAACAGCAGGAGGAAUCGAUUAUGCUGACGGAGGCGAAUCAUCCUCCUCCUCUUCCUCUAUCGGGGAUAUUCCUGCGAAUCAGACGAUAAGGACUUGUUGUUAG